AUGUCAUCCAAAAUGGGUGUGACUACCCUCGUAGUAGGGAUGUUCCUCACGGGAUGUGCCAACAGUCUAUUAUCAAAAUACCAAGAUAUGGAAUGUGUAGAGAACUGUGGUCCUGAUGCACCUGGACCUCGACUCGACUUCGAGCAACCUGUAUGGCAAACGUUAAAUAUGUUUGCUGGAGAAUUCCUUUGUUUUAUCCCUCUCUUGCUGUCAUAUCAUAAUCGAGCGAAUAAAGUGAUAGCACCCCCUCAAGCAUCCAUGUUCACUCGUAUCUUAGCAAGACUUCCGCUUGGACAAAGAUCAGGACAUUACGAGACUUUGGAUGAAGAAGAUGAUGAGAAUCAACCGCUUUUAGCUUCAGUGUCGGAAGACAAGCUGUUGACAGGAUGGAGGGUAUGUUGGAUGUGGUUCCCUGCGUUCUUUGACAUUUGCGGUACCACUCUCAUGAACGUCGGUCUCAUCCUCACCCCCGUAUCGAUUUACCAAAUGUCACGAGGUGCACUCGUACUUUGGGUUGGGGUUCUAUCUGUCAUCUUUCUUCGACGUCAUCUAUGGCUGUAUCAAUGGACAGCGCUAGUCAUCGUCACAUUAGGUGUAUGUCUCGUCGGUCUAUCUGGAAGCCUAGUCAAGAAACAACUGUCCGACCCUAUUGAUCUCUUGAUUACUCUCGCCGAAAGACCAGAUGACGAUCCAGCUCGUGUCGCUCUGGGAGUGUUGCUCAUCCUCUUCGCCCAAAUCUUUACCGCAAGUCAAUACGUGGUAGAAGAGAAGAUCAUGUCUCACUAUAAAGUCGAACCGCUCGCUGCUGUCACUCUCGAAGGGUUCUUCGGUCUAUCUACUACUCUGAUCGGUAUGCCCCUCUUACAUAUCUUCUUCCGGAGGACGUCACCAUAUUUCGAUAUUCCUAGAGGAUGGCAUCAGAUCAUAUCUAAUCCAACGGUAUACGGUUCGUGCUUCGCUAUCAUGUUCAGCAUUGGUGCAUUCAACUUCUUCGGAUUGAGUGUAACUCAUCGGGUCAGUGCGACUACGAGAAGUACUGUCGAUACCUGUAGAACCCUUGGUAUAUGGGUUGUCAGUCUCGGUUUGGGUUGGGAGAAGUUGGUUUGGCCAUUCACACUCUUACAAGUCGGAGGAUUUGCCAUGCUGGUCUACGGUACAUUCGUGUUCAAUGGUCUGGUCAAACCGAUCAUCUUCCCUCCUCCGCCCAGUAUUCACUUACCCCACGAACCUGAGUUGGAAGAGACUAGUGAUGUUCCUGCAGCUGGUGCUCAGACUAGAGCAGGGUACGAUGUAGUCCCGGAUGAAGAACGUGGAAGGUGA